CUGGCCGCGCAUUGAACCCAUAUGUAUAGAGCAUUGCUACAUACUGCUAAGACAUGAGGACUUUGGCACUGUUGAGGUGUGUGGACCAUACAUACUGCUGAGGUGUGUGGACCAUACAUAUUGUUGAGGUGUGGACCAUACAUAUUGCUGAGGUGUAUGGACCAUACAUACUGCUGAUGUGUGUGUACGAUACAUACUGUUGAUGUGUGGAGUCUGUGGACCAUACGUACUGCUGAGGUGUUGACUAUACACACUGCUGAGGUGUGGACCAUACUGUUACAUAUUGCUGAGGUGUGUGUACCAAUACGAACUGCUGAGGUGUGGACCAUACAUACUGUUGAGGUGUGUGUACUAUGUACUGCUGACGUGGAUAUGGUGGCACUUGAGUGGCCCUGUACAUACUGCAUCAUACAUACCGUCGUAUAGAGGGGCUACAGUCGGUGUAGAUGGACGGUGGUGGCGCCACCGCCUUCAUGUUAGCUGUGACGCCACCACGCCGGCAGACAAACAACAAGAGAGUAGCGAUGGAGUGCUCGGCCAGUAGUUCCGAGGAGGAGAACGUGGCAGAGAGCAACUUCAAGGCUAAGGACAUGGGCAUGCGCGUGCAGAAGAAGAUCUUUGGCAAGAUGGCGACCAAGGGUAUCGCCAAAGUCUUCAUCGACGAUACGGCAGGCAAGGCGCUCGACUGUCUCUACCGGAUGGGCAAGGAGUACAGCGGCAACAAGAAGGACGCCGAGCGGCACAUGAAGUACCUCAUCAAGACCGUCGUCAAGGUCGGCGUGCUCUACCGCAACGAGCAGCUCAACGACGACGAACACCGCGCCGCCGACGCGUUCCGCACAAAGUUCCGCACGGCGUGCAUGACGGCGAUCAGCUUCCACGACGUCGACUACUCGUUCGAUCGGCAGCACCUCGCGCGCCUCCUCGCCGACUGCGGCGCCCUCAUGCAGGCGAUCGUGCGGCACCACCUGACGGCGAAGUCGCUCGAGCGCGCCGCGCUCGUUUUUCGGUAUUUCGGCGGCGAGGAUUUUCUGGAGUCGGCGUACCGCAAGGAGAACCGCGCGCAGCUGUCGGUGCUGAUCGCGUGCCUGAACAAGAUGAUGGACGACGGCGUGUUGUAGGUGGCGCCACCGCGUGGAGCUGACGGUGUGUUGUAGGUGGAGCCACCGCGCGCAGCUGACGGUGUGUUGUAGGUGGCGCCACCUCGCAGCUGACGGUGUGUUGUAGGUGGCGCCACCGCGCGCAGCUGUCGGCGCUGAUCGCGUGCCUCAACAAGAUGAUGGACGACGGCGUGUUGUAGGUGGCGCCACCGCGCAACUGACGAUGUGUUGUAGGUGGCGCCCCCGCGCGCAGCUGACAGUGUGUUGUAGGUGGCGCCACCGUGCGCAGCUGUCGGCGCUGAUAACGUGCCUCAACAAGAUGAUGGACGACGGCGUGUUGUAGGUGGCGCCACCGCGCGCAGCUGACGCUGUGUUGUAGGUGGCGCCACCGCGUAGCUGACGGUGUGUUGUAGGUGGCACCACCGCGCGCAGCUGACGUCAUGUUGUAGGUGGCGCCACCGCGCAGCUGACGGUGUGGUGUAGGUGGCGCCACCACACGCAGCUGUCGAGGACGUUUCAGAUGCUCGCUUGUUGACAAGAGAGCAUGCGACCGUAUUCUUGGGAUCGGCAGCCGAGCCGAUAGCUAUUAGGCACCAUUGGCAAUAGGUGGCGCUGUUGUUUCUGGCGCUGUCUAUCGUCAGUUUGUGAUGUCAUGGCGCGUAUUUCUGAGCGGUGAAUCCAGGUUGGCGAAAAUUCCAACAGAGGGCACUGUCGACCAUAUUGAACCUAGCCUAGGCUGUGCCCAGGUCAGCGUGAAGAAAGAAGAUGUUUGGGAUGAGAAAACGCAAUGACGGUAACGCGUGGUCGUUAGAUUAUCACACACAUGUAACUAUUAAAACAAGUUUAACUAUUCUAGUAACUCUUUGCUGAGGGAAGGCAUGUGUGUUAAUACCCACCCAUACAUGACAGGAUGUAGAUAUAUGCAAAUUAUAUGUAAUAUAUAGAUACAUGCACGCACACACAUAAUAUAUAUAUAUACAUGUGUGUGUGCAUCUGUGCAUGUGUGCAUGCGUGUGUGCGUGCGUGCGUGCGUGUGUGCGCGUGCGUGCGUGAGUGUUGGUGUGUGAGAAAUGUGAGAUGUAAAGAUUAAACAAAGCAGUGACUGUGUUAUCCUGGAAUGAGUGAAUGCCAGAGUUAAUGAGCGACCCAUUGUUGGUGAAUGAACGGACAUGCUGAAAGAAUAACCGAACAAUUCUUGGUGAAUGAGCGGCAGUUUAGUCGUAGAAGACGCUUGUUUAUACGGUUUUUUCUAACAUUGCUUUCUACUACAUGUUUGUGUGAUAUCGGUCAGUUACGUCGGUGUGUAUCUACUCUAUCAACUGUGUUUCAUAUGAGUGGCAAUAUAUCUUGUAUGUAUUUGGUGGUGCUUUGGCAGCUGCCAUUGACACCUACACGUUAUUAUCGAGCUGUUACGGUGAUUUAUGUUCGUAUAAUAUAAACAUUCUUACAACAAA